UUGGGGUCUCUUUUCCACAGGUUAAACUGCAGUAAAGCGGUUGGUUCGUCGAGUCUAUGGAAGAAGCAAUGCCAUCAGCACUUCCUUCAGUGAGCCCGAUGCUUGAUCCUGUAUGGUUGGCAGCGCGUCGUUUGAGGAGAUGGAAGACUCAAGAAUGCGAAGACAUAUGCGCAGAGCUGUUGGAGCGAAACCCUUACGAUCAGGCUGUCUGGUAUCUCAAGUGUAGGUCCCUUACUCAUAAGCGAUGGUUUGAUGAUACCGAGGUCGAGGAAGAGGGUUUUGCAGACAUUAUGUUCGACCAAAAUGCGCUCGCAGAAGCACCGAGACCAGGGACGUCACUUUCGAGGCCACGGGCACAAGGAGGAGAUUCGAUGAUCAAUGGCAGCAAGCAAGGCAUAAGACCAAUGAUUGGUAAUGGUCGUCCUUUGACAGGCUAUGCCAGACCAGUGGCAAUCAGCAGGCCUGGGACAGGAUCUCAGUCACUGGAGAGUUCUCUUCAAUCUCUACGACCAGGAUCUGCUCGGCCUGUGACAGCAUCUGGAAGAUAUGUUCGGCUGGGAACGCCUUCGAUGGUUUCAGAGAAAGGAGGGUCUUUUAUCAAUGUGGAUAGACUGGACUUCAGGAAAUAUGUGAGGCAACCAGCACUAGCAAGGGUAUGUUGAUGAGCUCAGCACAAGAAACAACCUUUCCUUUCCUGAAGUUUCUUUUUUUUUUUGUUUUUUAAUCCUAAUCUUCUCUGUAUCGUUCCAAUUUUUUAUUUUUUUUAUUUUUUUUUUUCUUUGUUUUUGUUUUCGUUUUUGUUUUUUGGUCCUCCUAGCCUUUGCUCUUUUUUUUUGUGGGAGGGGAACACACACAAAAACAAAGCAUUCCCAGGUGGGCCAGGACCCACUAGCGAAGUAUUCUACGAUGUGUGACGCAAUUUUAUGGUUUUUUGGAAAAUACAAAGUGAUUUUUUAUUUGCAUGAAUGGAUCCUUUUCUGAUUUAAAAUGAAUUGAAAUAGCACAU